AUGUCUAUAGAACUAUGGAAAAUUUUUGAAAGUAAAGAUUUAAGCCAUGGCUUUUCAAUUAGCAAACAGGGAUUACAAAUUGCAGAAAAGCCUGCACUCUUUAAAAUACAGCAUAAAUUAGAUAAUCCGACCGGACAAUCUCAAACAAAACUAGUGUUUUCUACAAAGCGCAAAGAUUCAUUCCUAUUAAAUAAUUAUAUUGAUUCCUCUGACAUUGAUCCAGAAUCAAACGAAUCAGAUAAAUCACUUGUUUAUCUAGGAAUUCUGUGCCAAAGAGCAGAGGUAAUUUUUGAAACUAGUGAAUUAAAGCCGUUGUCGGAACUAAAUGAUGCGGUUGAUCAAGCUUUAAAACACUAUAAUCCCUAUCAUGAGUUAUUAAAAAUAUUCAAAAUUUACGGAUAUUUUUUACCCAAAAGUAUCAUUUUGGGGCACAGACUAUAUAGAGCUUGUUAUUUGGAUGCGAAGGAAGAUUCAUUACAAUUAACGGAUUGGAAAAAUUUGGACUUUACAGAUAACAGUAACAAUAUUUUGGUUCAAUGGGAAAACUAUAUAAAAUCAUAUGACUUUGACGCAUCAACUAACAACGAUAAAGACGAUACAUUUUUGAUACCAAUGAAUAACGAUGAAGAACUUCAAAACAAAAUUAAAAACAUAUUUGAAAUUGGUGAUCAAACAAACAAACUUAAAGAAAAAGUACUUAUGAUGGGAGUAAUUCCUUUUAAGGACUCAACUGAACUCUAUUAUAUACAAUUUCCCGUUCAUUUGGAUUCCAACAACUAUAAACUUUUUGGAAAACAUGUGACACAAAAUGGUGAACCAAUUGAUACAGCUAUUAACUUUCAAUCUAUGAAUAAAAAUGAUGAUCGCAAUGAAAUUAAUAUACUAAUCCGCGGACAUAAAAAAGAUGAAAUACUAGAAAAUUUCAACAGCGAGAGCAAAACAUCUAAAAACGAACAUGUCCAUGAAUAUUUACUUCAAUGGUGUUUCCUUCCUGGAGAUCAGAAAAUUAUAAAGACUGACAUUACGUCUGUUUCAACUGAAGCAACAAUAAAUUUAAAUGCAGUAGGCCAAAUGUAUCGAACAGAUGAUUUAUGGCUUGAGGACGCUAUUUCAAGAGAAGAGGUUCAUUUCAUUGACUAUAAUGCAUUUACUGAUUUGCAGCAAAUUGAUGAAAACACAUAUAGUUCAAUAUAUAAAGCUGAAUGGAUAGAUUAUGGAUUGACAGUUGCCCUCAAAACCAUCAAAAUAGCAAAUAUUAGAAAACAGAUAGUUGAGGAAUUUGUAAGAGAAGUUUCAUGA